AUGGCUAACAAGGGGAGCGAGGAGCCUACGGGCUCUGACACCAAGCAAGCUGAAGUAUGGCGGUCCUAUUUAACAUCUGGUUUUUUCAGUUGGCCCUUUUGGCCGUACUCAUUCUUCAGCCGUGGUCAAAGAACUGAUGUUGGGGCAUCGCAGGAAGAUACCAUUGCAGCCCUCGAGACUGCUCAACCUCCGACCACCCCAGAAGCAGAGUAUCGGGGGGUCAGCGAAGCACCUAGCACCCAGGAAGAGAAACCGCAGGUGAAAAGAAGACGAUCUGCGAGACUGAACAAACGAAGCGCCUCUCCUACCGCCGAAGCCCCGGCGACUCCGCCAUCUCCACCCAAAAAGAUAAAGGUCGAAGAAGGAAAGACUUCGAGCCCUGCGCCACAGUCUUCUGGCCCUGAGGAAGCCCCAGCCCAGACUCAGGGAGAAGAUGACGAUACGGCCCCGUCGUGCGAUGAAGACCAGCCACAGCACCCUGAUCCUAUUGGCGAGAAGAGCCCAUCGCAUGAUAAAGACCAGAUGCAAUAUCCCGAUCCUGCGGAUUGUCCCGGGUACUACUUACAGGGGGCUACAUGGCUGCCCUACAAUGAUGAUGAGAUUCACAAGAAACUCAGCGUCAUCCAGGAACGUCUGCAGGACUGGUCAGUGGAAUGGGCAACUCUGGAGAAGCAGCUGUCCGACGAAGAAAAGCAAAAAAUAGUUGCCGGGCUAGAGGGAUAUUGUCUGCAAGAUGACUGGAACUCGUUGGUUAAGAGAUUAACGUCCAAUAUUUCUGAACUUCUCCCCCUCAUUCUCAGCCAGGCUUUAGUGGCUAAGGACUUAUUUGGGAAUGUGAUCGAAGAUCCAUUCUUCUAUCUGGAUGAGAAUGUGGAUGGUAUGGAUGUGACUGGCGAGCACGGUCAAGUUUUUAUCCCUUCCCAUGUCGAGCUCCAUAACUUAUGGCAAUGGUGUAAACAAGUUGAACCUGCCAGCGAGCGAGAGAGGUGGAAUUCAAGAAAGUGGCGGCAGAUAACAGUCCGCUUCCUCAAUGCAUUUACGCCAGAAACAACGUUUGACCCAUUGCUUGCGAUGCACAUGAAGCGCUUGAGAGACUCUACCCUGGAACGACUGGUGUCCAACCUCCUCGAUGAGUCUGCUCUGUUGCAUCCAUUGCUCAAAACAGUCUUUGACUCCGCCAAAGACAGGCGAUAUCAGGAGCUUCUCCAUGUCUAUCAAAUCGCCGCGGACCUUUGCAUUGGAAUGUGGACCAAUGAGAUGGAUUUCGAAUUUGGCUCCUUUGAUUCCUUGGGAGCUUUCCACGAGGAUAUUCCACACAUGAAAAAGCACUCUUAUGCUGAACAUGAAACAGAGGAAAAGUGUGACCCUAGUGAGAACGGUCGAGCUGUCGUGUUCAUGUUGCAACCUACUCUCACUCGGUACUGUCGAUAUGAUGGGGAAGAUGACCAGUCAUUGAUCCAUCGGGCAGUUGUUAUUUUUUCCAAUGACGCUGCAUAG